AAGCAGCAUUGAAACGAGUCCUUGUUUGCAAAUACUACAACUUUGUACAGAAACCCUAACCAUCCAGAGAAGCAAGCAGCCAUGGACAAGUAGUGUCUGCUCCAUCAUUGACCCACUUUCUUGAUUGUCUUGAUCAACAAAAUGAACGGUUCAUAUUCCUCCAAAAGAGCCAAGACAACCUUUUCUUUCGUAAAGAAAUGAAAAGGUUAGUCUAUUCAUCGAGAAAAAGAAAAAGAAAAAGAAAAAGAAAAGCCCUCCUCUUCCCUUCUCUACUAAGUAACUUCCGUAAAGGUCCUCCAAGCUUUGCUUUAUUCAUCAUCCCUCUCUCUUUGUCCCUCUCUUUCAUCAAAUCAAGAUAACAAACUUGCAAAUCUAAUCUUAGAUCUUUAGUAUAGUAUCUCUUAUUGUUAGUUUCAUUUAAAGAUUGAGUCUUUUUGUAACCAAAACAUCAAGGUUACUGUUUUUUUAUGUAUUGAGAUUACCCAUUUGAUCUAAUAAAUUCUUGUUUUUUUGGUUAAAGAUCAAAACUUUUAUCUGUAUUUUGUUUAUGGAAACAAGGAGCUCUGUGUUUGCAAACCCAAAACCCUGUAAGCAUCUUGCAGAUUAUAAGCUGAGGCAUGGCUUGAGUGGAUACAAAUUCCUUCAAAAAUGGCUCAAAACCUUUCCAAAUGGAAAGACAAGCAUUAAAAUGUGUGAAACAAAGAUGCCCAAAUGCAGUUUUUGUAGUGGGAUUCGUCAAGGUAGACUGUUUCUGUGUUUGAUUUGUUCUUCAAUGUCUUGUUCAGACCAUACCCUUUUGCAUAGUCAAUCUGAGAAUGGCCAUGAUAUAGCUGUUGACAUUGAAAGAUCAGAACUUUAUUGUUGUUCUUGUAGUGAUCAGGUCUAUGACCUUGAUUUUGAUAAGGUAGUUGUGGCUAAAAAUAUUGUGGAUAUGCCAAGUAAGACACGUGAUAGUGUUGUUGAUGAUUUAAUGAGGAGAUCAAGCAAGAGGAGGAGGUUGAAUUCAGUGGUGGAUUUGGAUUUGAUAAGGUCUAAAUUUUUUGUUUGGAUGAGGGGUCGAAGGGCCAAAUCGUGCUAUCCAUUGGGAUUAAGAGGAUUGAAUAAUUUGGGCAGUACUUGUUUCAUGAAUUCUAUUUUGCAAGCUUUGCUCCAUGCACCACCGUUCAGGAAUUACUUCUUGAGUGAGAGACACGACCGUGAAACUUGUAGGAAAAGAUCAUCGGAUCAAUCGUGUUUGGCUUGUGAUAUUGGUGUAAUUUUCUCAGCUGUUUAUUCCGGGGAUCGGACACCUUAUAGUCCAGCUCAGUUUCUUUACAGUUGGUGGCAGCAUUCGGCAAAUCUAGCUAGCUACGAGCAGCAGGAUGCUCAUGAAUUCUUCAUUUCAGUGUUAGAUGGAAUCCAUGAGAGAGAGGGAAAGGAGAGAAAUCCAAACAAAGAUAAUGGAGAUUGUCAGUGUAUUGCUCAUAGGGUUUUCUCAGGUAUGCUAAGAUCAGAUCUAACCUGCACAACUUGUGGGUUUACUUCCACAACUUACGACCCUUGUGUUGACAUUUCGCUCAACAUGGACACAAGCAGCUUUUCUUCAGUGGAUGUGGCUAACAAAUCUGUUAGGCCGAAUGAGGACACCGGCAGUUCUACCCUUUUGGCUUGUUUGGAUCUGUUCACAAGGCCUGAGAGGUUGGGGUCUGAUCAGAAACUGUACUGCCAAAAUUGUCAAGAAAAGAGGGACUCGUUGAAGCAAAUGUCUAUUAAAAGGCUUCCACUGGUCUUGUCAUUGCAUAUCAAGCGGUUUGAGCACUCUUCCUUGAGAAGAACAUCAAGAAAAAUUGAUUGGCAUUUACAGUUUCCUUUUUCUCUGGAUAUGACCCCAUAUUUAUCUCCAUCAAUUGUCAGAAACAGGUUUGGAAAUAGAAUUUUUGGGUUUGAGAGUGAUGAAGCGGAUAUCUCUGCAGAAUUUGAGAUUUUUGCUGUAGUCACUCAUUCUGGGAUGCUAGACUCAGGUCAUUACGUGACUUAUCUGCGCCUGCAAAACCAAUGGUACAAGUGCGAUGAUGCUUGGAUUACUGAAGUUGAUGAGAGGAUUGUGAGAGCGUCACAGUGUUAUAUGAUUUUCUAUGUGCAGAGGAUGCUUUAUUACAAAGCAAAUGAGGAUUUGAGUUGCACGCCAAUGCCUUCAAGGAGGGACCCGUUUGUUCCGAUUGCCGGUUGUUGCUGACAACAAUUUUCAAUUAUGGGCUGGUGAUUGGCAGGAUGUGAAAUUACUUUGCCAGAUGCGUCCAAGGUUGGUUAUCUGUACCUGUGAGAUGAAAGAAAUGGCAAACUGUUUAUUGAUGGAGUCUGCUCUCAGAACCAAAUCAAUCAGCCAGGAACGAUAACACACUGCUAAGAUCAACCCUGAGCCCCGAAGAAGUAAUCAAAACUGCAGAUUCUUAAAAGAUCAACCAUUUGAACAAGAUAUGCGAUACCAAUACGAAUCAUCUCCAAAUUGAUAUGUUAAAUGACUACUUGCCAUUAUGCUUUGAGAGAUAUUGGCCGGGAAGAAGCAGCUUGCCUCUUCAUAUGAGAUUCUCAUGGCUCUCAUUUCAUGAUUGUUUCUGGGAAUUCUUUGACUGCAGGUCAGUCAUGUAUAGAACAAAUUUUUAUUACCAACUAAUACAAUCACUUAUUCCUGAA